AUGAGGAUGCUGAAUAUCCUUGAAAUAAUAUCUUUUCUAUUCAUCCACGUUCUGUUGACUUGUUCACGCAUCGGAGCUACUUCAGGAAAUGGUUCUCCUCCACAAAUUCUACUCUCUCCUGAAGAUACCUUCCCUGUAGAAGGAAAUCUAGAAUUCUCCUGCAAAGGAACUGGCUUUCCCGAACCACGUAUCUCUUGGUUUGAUGCAAAUACGCUAAAACCUAUUGAUGGGACCGCCUCUAACAUACAUAUCAAUCAGUAUCUUGGUCGACUGACUAUUGCUGAUCCUGAAGUAAAACGAACAUACUCCGUAUAUUGCAAUAUUUCAAACACGGUUAGCUGGGUUGCUAGUCCAGUGGUACAUGGUGGAUUGGCGUAUCUCGAACAUGACUUUCCGCGAUUUCCCAUUGAUAGGACAGCAGAAGAAGGAGAUAUUGUUCUGAUAGAAUGCCAACCACCUAGAGGAAAUCCACCCCCAACAACUGAAUGGCUUCUUAACAAUGCCCAACUUCCACCGGGUUGGGGUUCGAUAAGUCCCGAAGGAGACCUACAUAUUCGAGAAGCAAAGCCCCAACACACUGGAACAUAUGCUUGCAGAGCAAAGAAUGUCGCUGGAGAACGAAUAUCACCUUCUGCAAUUUUACAUGUUAAACGAAAGGCUGUUAGAUUUCUUCAGAAACCUAGGGAUAAUAAAGCCAUUGUUGGUUCAUCAGCCACUUUUCAUUGUCAAGUUUCCGAUUCACAGCCUGUUUCUUGGAGGCGUGAUAAUGGUGAGCAGCUCUUCGCUGGACAACGAAUUCAACUGUCCCUUAACUCCAUGACAAUCCGAAAUAUUCAGCUCUCGGAUGCUGGGAAGUAUAUCUGUGUUAGUGCUGAUGGUUCAAGUACUGCUGAAGCAAGGCUUUCCGUGUCUGCUAUUCCAAAACCUGUUUUUACCCAUUUCCCUACUGAUCAAAAUGUUACUGAGGGUGAUUCGGUAGUUUUCCAUUGUCGCACCUCGGGCCCUCACAAAUUCUCAUCCUACUGGGACCUACCUAAUCAAAUGGCUGUCUUUCCAAAUGAUCAAAUUGAAGGUAUCUUUGUGAGUGAACAAGGUGAUCUACAUAUUCGUGGUGUACGCCUAGAAGAUAGUGGUAUCUAUCAGUGCACAGUUGAUUCUGAUGUCGGCCCUGUAACUCGCAAAGCCGUUUUGAGAGUAUUUCCUCGAUUGGCAUCCAAGGAUGCAACUCCACUUCCUCCUAUUAUCAAUCUGCCACCAGCUAAUCAAACCCGAUUGAUUGGGGAUACUGUGAUACUUGCCUGUGAAGUUGGAAUUACUCGCGAACCAGAAACAGACUUUGACAUAACAGAGAGGGAUUUUGAAUCUAGACAGUCAAACAUAUUCUGGGUCAGGGGUACAAGAUCAACUGGAGGUCUUCAGGAGAGAAUUGAAUUCAUCCACCGAGAUCGUGAUCCGAGAUUCUCACUCCUUCCAGGUGGAGGGUUGAAGAUUGAAUCUGUUAUGGUGGAAGAUACUGGAAAUUACACCUGUCUCUUCCAGACAAACAACGGUCCCUACAUGCAAUCGAACUGGACGUCGUCCUUGCUGAUUCUACCUAAGGAUAGCCAGCCAUCAUUAUUGACAGAACCGACUGAUCCGCUUUCACCCCCGGAAAAUCUCAGAGUUCAGAAUCAGACAGCAAAGUCUGUUACCUUAAUGUGGAAUCCACCAAAUGUCCAUGAUACUAACCAGGUUUCUUACUGGAUUGAAAUGUUCCAUACCGCUGAAGCGGAUCUUGGUUGGCAAGUAUUGCAGGAAUCAUGGCCAAGAAAUGCCAUCAGAUUGGAGCCUCUUCAGCCGAACUCCGCUUACUACUUUUUGAUUCGACCGAGGUGGAUCGACGGUAGAGUUGGAUGGGCUAGUGCACCCCUGGGACCUAUACAAAUGCAGUACGGAGUUGACCGGCAGUCAACAGGAGUGCCUGGUGUAAUCAAACUGGAAAGAAUGCUACCACAAGUAAUCUCAUCAACAUCAGCACGAGUGAUUUGGAGUUUGGAGAAUCCAGUAGAUGCUAUACCUGCGGUUCGAGGAUUUUCUGUACGCUACAAAGAAGCGCCUCUUACUGCAUGCAUCUCCGCUAGACUUCACGAUGCCACCUUUUGUAGCCUUCGAUCUGGAGAUUCAAUAAAGAUGCGCCUACACACAUACCAACAAAAGCUCAACAUUGCUUCAUUGAAAGCCACCCAGGGGGUUUCACUUGUUCCACAUCAAGAACCAGAGAUGUUUGUUGAUGUUCCUAUAAAUCAAGCUCAUGAUUUCGGUUCCUCUUGGUCUACAACUAUCACACAUUUAAAACCAUUUCGAUGCUAUUCUCUCCUUAUUCAGCCCAAUACUGUCUACCCAAGACAGAGUAGUAAUGAAAGUGCUCUCUUUUUGACUCAAGAAGAUGUACCCUCCUCACCCCCACAAAUAAUUGGAGUUAAGAAGAUGUCCAACCAUAGUGUGGAAAUCUCUUGGACCGUUCCCCCUACAGAUUCAUGGAAUGGACUUCUAACAGGUUUUGUUGUUUAUGUUCUUAAUGCGGCUCAGAAUGAUAAGAGAGAGUUGAAGUUCAGUUAUGGAGAUACAACUGGCGUUGUAAGUGGUUUGAAGACCGGAGAGAUCUAUCAUCUUCAAAUGGCAGCUGUGAAUUGUAGGGGUAGUAGUUCCAAAAGCAUUCCGAUCAACUUUUCUGUUUCUGAAGGGGGAAUAAUAAAUGAAAGCUCACCUGCUGAUGGUAAUAAUGGAGGCAUUCAUCUUCAACCGUGGGUCAUCGGAAUUUUAGUUGGUGCGCUAGUGAUCUGGCUGCUGUUGAUGUUCUUUGGUGUUCUUUUCUGCCUACGACAGAGAACUCAAACUAAACAGCGUUAUCUGCCACCCGUAGGAGGAGGUUUUAGUGAAGAUUUGGCUCGAAAAUGCAGCGGAAUGAAUUCGAAAGGGGCUUACAAUCUUCUGCCGAUUAACAAACCACAUUCGAACUCUGGCGGAGCUAGUGAAAUGGAAUGUCCUCAAGGAAGUGACUCGGCCCCGAAAGCGCUUACUUCUUCUACUCAGCAAAAUACUACUACUACGAUUGCGAGCACUAAUAGCUCUUCUACUGGCGGAAGCUGUAAUCCUACAACGAAUCAUUUUCAGCAAUCUUACGAAGAAGGAAUUCCAAAUCAGCACUCAGAUUUCUCCCCCUCUACAAACUUUUCUUACAUGCCAAACCAGCACAUGGAGUACCAGUUAGUUGACUAUCGUCAAGCUGAAGCUUCAAAUAGCAGUGUAUUCUCUGCAUCACUGAUUGAAAACAGUCCAAAAACCUCUACUGGGCUGCCGUUAGUUGCACCUGUGGCACGACUGGGCUGUCAGAAUGGAAAUAUUUCAAUGGACAAUAUGAGCUCUAGUGUCACGCCUUAUGCCACUGCGUCUUUAAUCAACGCUGAAGUUCAGAAGGCGAACGCAAUUUCUCAUGGAAGUCGAACUCCCUCUGAUAUGUCAUCGAACACAGGCGGAUCCGGACAUCUGCCUAUGUUGAACAUGCAUAGCCCACACAGAUAUUCAGCUCGUCCGCAGCAAUACAUCUCACGCUCAAGUUCUGGAACAACUACAGGAGCGGAAGAUGACUACCUUUCCCACCAGCAUAACCAACAGCAUGUUUCCAGGAGGAAAACCAUUCCUAGAAAUAUACCUUCCAACUCACAGAUCCCUCCUACCUUCGCCGAAUAUGAGCUGUGCAUCCCUGCCUCUACAUCACCUCUGCCGCCACCACCUCCACCAAUGCAUCAAAACCAAAUGUCAGUUCAGGCUCCUACUAAUGGUGGCAUGCAUACUACGUGUUUUGAACCGUGA